AUGGAGAUUAACAUGUUGAAAGGAAAAUGUAUAGGACUUGAAAGUGUGAUUAAGAAGCAACGUGAAUUGUUAACAUCAAUUAUUCCGUCAGUUUUUAAUGGUAGUAAUGAUGGUGGGUAUUCAUUAAAAAAUGUUAACAAAGUUCUUUCCAUUAGAAAGGAAGAGGAAGUUGAUGAUCCUAUAAUAGCUGAAGAGGUAAAUGAAAACAUGUUGAAACAUUUCAAUCAAUUAAAAGAAGAAAAUACAAUAUUUAGAAAAGCAUUCAAUUCAUAUAAUCAACAACAAUAUGAACAACCAAAUCAAAAAUAUAAAACUAGCGGUACUAAUAAUAAUAUAAAUUCAUUAACAGUUGAUGUUCUAACAUCUAAAAUAACAGAAAUGGAAACACAAUUAUUAAAUCGAGAAAAGAAAUUACAAGAAGUUAUUGAUGAGAUCAAAAGACGUGGUGAAGUACAAAUAGAAAGGUUAAAAUCAAAAUGGAAUCUCAAUUCAUAA